AUGGGUGACCAUGCGUUCUUGAAGGUUUCACCUAUGAAAGGUGUGGUGAGAUUUGGCAAGAAGGGAAAACCAGCACCAACGUAUGUUGGACCCUUUGAGAUUCUGGAUAGGGUUGGAAACUUGGCAUAUCUUCUUGCUUUAUCUGUUAGCAUGUCUGAAGUACACACUGUCUUCCCUGUGUCUAUGUUGAGGGAGUAUAUUCAAGACGAGUCCCACGUGGUCAAUCAUGAAAGUGAUUUAAUGCCUGCUGAGAUUGUUGAUUGUGCUAUUCUGGUUAUCUCUGAUAAGGGAAAUUUGGGUUUUGCUAAAAGUGGAGAUGAGAAACUCACAUGGUUUAGUAAUGGAGGUUUUGUUUUUGAUGAUGUUAUUGUUUAUAAGUGUCAGCCAUAUGUGGUGGAUAGCUUGGGUUAUGUUUUUAGGAUUGAUGUGUCUUCAGAAGUGAUGGUGAAGAUUUCGUCGAAAGUGAUUGGUUUUGGUGGGAGGAAGCAUUUGGUAGAGUCUUGUGGAGAGCUUUUAUGUGGUCGAUAUGUUUGCAAGUUGGAACUGUUGAAUGGAGAGUUGGGCAGAUGGGUUGAAGUGAAGAGCUUGGGUGAUCGAGCGUUUUUCUUGGCUAUGGAUUGCUGUUUCUCUGUUUCGGCCCAAGAAUUGGCUGGGUGCAAAGGGAAUUGCAUUUACUUCUCAGAUGAAAACAAUGUUAAUCUUGCUCUUAGAGAAGUAACUAGACCAGAGAGUUUCAUGUUCUACUUAGAGGACCAUAGCAUUCAGAAGUUGGGAUCUUCCCCAGGCGGUUCCCAGAUAUUUUGGCCACCUCCAAUUGAGCUCGGCUCCACAUGUUUGUAUUCUCUGGAUUGA